GGAGCGUGGAGCACGGGCCUGGGAAGCCGCGGCCGCCGGGGAAGAGCCAGAGCCGGGAGCCAGCAUGUCUCUCCCUGCUGGGCCAAACUAUGAAUGGGGGCUGCUAUCUGGUAGCCUGGGCCACCCUGUGCCUGGUGGGUGGGUGGGCGACCUCAUGGCAUGUGGGCCGCCCCUUCACCGCAGUGUGGAACGUUCCAACAGCCCGAUGCCAAACCCACUUUGGCCAGCCCCUGCUCUUGGAGCCCUUUGGCAUCGUGCACAACCAGGCCCAGCGCUUCCGGGGCCAAAACAUUACCAUCUUCUACAAGAACCAGUUUGGCCUUUACCCCUACCUGGGACCCAGGGGUGUCCUCCACCAUGGAGGUAUCCCCCAGGCUGUUCCCCUGCACAAGCACCUCGCCCUAGUCACCAGUCAGAUCUCUGGCCUCAUGCAUAAGGGCUUCAGAGGCUUAGCUGUGCUUGACUGGGAAGAGUGGCACCCCCUCUGGAACCGGAACUGGGGGCCCCGCCGAAUCUAUCGAAAGGCGUCUUGGGCCUGGGCCCAGCAGCGGUGGCCGGAUCUACCUCAUAAGCUGCAGGGCUUUGAGGCUCGGGCUACCUUUGAGGGGGCUGCUCGGGCACUAAUGGAGGGCACCCUGCAGCUGGCACAGGCACUUCGUCCCAGGGGGCUGUGGGGCUUUUAUCGAUUCCCUCUCUGUCGAAGCCCCUGGCGGGGCAGGCACAAUUACACUGGGAAGUGCCAGAUGGCGGACAAGGCCUCCAAUGACCGGCUGCGCUGGCUUUGGGAAGCUUCUACUGCCCUCUUCCCCAGCAUCUACCUCCCACCUGGCCUGCCCCAGGUCUAUCGAAAGAGCUAUGCACGACACCGACUGGAAGAGGCUUCCCGAGUGGCACGGUUUGGGCACCCGCAUCCUCUGCCUGUGAUGGCCUAUACUCGCCUUACUCACCUUGGUUCUGGGCGGUUUCUGUCCCAGAAUGACCUGAUUCAGACCAUUGGAGUAAGUGUGGCCCUGGGGGUAGAAGGCGUGGUGCUUUGGGGUGAUCUCUCUUUUUCCAGUUCUGGGGAGCAGUGCAAGCUUCUCCAGAGCUACCUGUCAAACAUCUUGGGCCCCUAUUUAAGCAAUGUGACUAAGGCUGCCCAGGCCUGCAGCCAGCAACUGUGUCAUGGCAAUGGGCGCUGUGCCCGACAGGAGCCCAACAACGAUGACGUCUUCUUGCACUUGGAACCAGCAAGUGCCGUGGGAGCCCCCAGGGAAGACCCUGACAAAUGGACCCACUUUCGAUGCCUCUGCUACCCAGGCUGGGCAGGCACUGCCUGCAAGGUGCCUGUACCUGGCACAGAAUGAAGGGCCCCAGAGGAUUCCCGACUGUGGGGACAAAGCUAUGAGCCACAUAUAUCUGUCCUUGCCUUCUGAGUUUCUUCAAGUUGUUUCCACUGGCCUCAUUCUCCCUGACUCCAAAGAGACUGGUUGUGGAGGCCUUUUCCUGCUUGUUUCCUAAAACUCCCCCUUCUGCUUCAGAGCCUGGAAAUGUAGAUUUUGACUUUGGACAAAUUCCUUCCGCUCUCAAUGCCUCAUAUUCCUCAUCUUUUUUUUUUUUUUUUAAAGAGAAUUAGAGUUAGAGCUUAUAGGUACCUCAAAAAUCAAAACUCUAAUUUUAUAAAUUAGGACACUGAGGCCCAGAGAGGGGAAAGGAUCUGACUAAAAUCACAGCUAGUUUUGUAGUCGGAAUUUGAACCCAGGUCCUCUGAUUGUAAAUCUAACAUUUUUUCUGCUACAGUGCAAAAUGAGGGGAUUGAACCAAAUGAUCUUCCUUCCAGUUGUAAAUCCUAAAAACAAAACACAAAACAAAACCCCUUGUAAUGUAAUGUAAUAUUUAGUCUAGGUUUUUAAAUGGCCCUAUUCUCUGGCUCUGGCUGACUUCUACAGAACAACUACAUUCUUGAUAAUCUUACAUGUGGCCUUGAGUCAUCUUCCUUAAACCUUGCAGCCCUACAUUCAAGUACUUGGGCACAAGGACCAUGAACUGGGAGCUGGUCCACCUGGGAUUCAGGAGGUGGAUCUGAACGUCCCCAUAUGCUACUGGUCACGGUGCUUGUGGAGUUUACUUUGUCUUAGUCUGUACUUUCAUUCCAUAGUUAGGUUGGACCAUAAAAUCAUUUUUCCUUCUCCUCUCUACACCUGUGCUGGCUGAUUUUCUCCCUCCACCCCAAAUACAAUUUAU